GCAACUUACAUUGCUCACCCAAUUGCUCUUGGUGUUCUACUAUAUGCGAUGGGAGGGUUCCCUUUCAUUGUCUGGGGAAUGGGUGUGAGGAUUAUUUGGGUGUACCACAUUACUUGGCUGGUAAAUUCAGCUUGCCAUGUUUGGGGAGAGAAAGCAUGGAAAACUGGUGAUUUGUCUAGGAACAAUUGGUGGGUGGCAUUACUAGCAUUUGGAGAGGGAUGGCAAAAUAAUCACCACGCUUUUGAGUACUCAGCUAGACAUGGUCUGGAUUGGUGGCAGCUUGACAUGACUUGGUAUGUUCUGAGAUCGCUCCAAGCUAUUGGAUUGGCCACCGAUGUGAAGGUACCAACAGAGGUACAGAAACAAAGGAUGGCUUUGUGAACUAAGCUAAGCUUGCAUACAGGGGCUCG